AUGGCGUCGAGCAGGGCGAUCUUGGCCAUGGGCCUCCUUGCCGCCGUGCUGUCCCCCGCCUUGUCAAAGCGGUCGUUUAUCUCCAUGCCAGCCGACGUGAGUAGUCCUGUGACCCUGGCCAACGGCCUCUCCUACGGUUACCACGCCAACUCCUGCCCGCAGCUGCAAGACAUUGUGUGGCCGAUCGUGGAGAGCGCGGUCCUGGGUGAGGUGGCCAUCGCCGCCGGCCUCCUCCGUAUCUUCUUCCACGACUGCUUUCCUCAGGGCUGCGACGCGUCCGUCCUUCUGACGGGACCCAACAGCGAGCGGGACCUGCCGCCGAACCAGACGCUGCAGCCGCGUGCGAUGCAGCUCAUCGAGGACGUCCGCGUCAAGGUACACGCCGCCUGUGGCGCCACCGUCUCCUGCGCCGACAUCAUCGCCCUCGCCACCCGCGACGCCGUCUUCGUGGCCGGGGAAAGCGAAAUGUUCUACUUCUACGACCUGCCGCUCGGCCGGUUUGACAGCCUCGAGCCGGCUAAUAGCAGCGCCGUCUUCGACCUCCCGCAGUCCACCGCCGACGCCAACACGCUCAUCAACGUCUUCAAGAGCCGCAACCUCGAGCCGAUCGACCUCGUCGCACUCUCUGGCGCGCACACUGUCGGGAAGGCGCAGUGCAGCUCCUUCAACAACCGCUUCUCCGAGGACGCCGACUUCGCCCGGAGGCUCGCCGCCAACUGCUCCAGCGACCCGAACCGGCUGCAGGACCUCGACGUGGAAACCCCCAUCGUGUUGGACAACCAGUACUUCAAAAACCUGAUGGAGGGAAAGGGGGUGUUCACCUCCGACCAAGUGCUCAUCAGCGACGGGCGCACCGACUGGGCGGUCAAAGGCCUCGCCGAGAACAAAUAUUGGUUCUACAGCCAGUUCCGUGACUCCUUGGUGAAGCUGAGUCAGUACCAACCCGGAGGAAACGUGGGCGAGAUCCGCCGCAACAGCUGCUUCACGCCCAACGGACAGAGCAUUCCCGCCACCGCCGGUGACGAGGGGUUCGCAGCCUCUGCUUGA